GGGGCGCUGCUCAAUUCAGUUAACAGCGGCACCCGGAAGCAGGUCGGAGUGUGUCAACAGGACCGACUCUCCUGGUUUACUCCUUUGUCGGUUCCCGUUGGAUUCGUGUUUGCACGAUGAGUUCAGGUGUGGUUGUGAGCUCCACUUGUCCCGGUCUGUACUGCGGUCGCAUCGUUGUGAAUGAGUCGGUGAAGGGAGAGUGUGGGGUUUGUCCCCGAGGAGAGCGGGUCGACAUCCAGAAGGUCUGCAGGCCCUGCACAGAGACCCCCGAGCUCUACGACUGGCUCUACCUGGGCUUCAUGGCCAUGCUGCCGCUGGUGUUGCACUGGUUCUUCAUCGAGUGGUACUCUGGGAAGAAGAGCUCCAGCGCUCUGCUGCAGCACGUCACCGCCAUGUUGGAGUGCAGCGUGUCGGCCGUGGUCACGCUGCUGCUCACCGAGCCCGUGGGCAAGCUCAGCAUCCGGUCCUGUCGGGUGAAGAUGUUGUCCGACUGGUACACCAUGCUGUACAACCCGAGCCCGGACUACGUCAACACUCUGCACUGCACGCAGGAGGCCGUCUACCCGCUCUACACAAUAGUGUUGAUCUACUACGCCUUCUGCCUGGUCAUGAUGAUGCUCUUGCGCCCCCUGCUGGUGAAGAAGAUCGCGUGUGGCCUCGGGAAGACCGACCGCUUCAGGAGCAUCUACGCCGCUCUCUACUUCUUCCCCAUCGUCACCGUGCUGCAGGCGGUCGGCGGCGGGCUGCUGUACUACGCCUUUCCCUACAUCAUACUGGUCCUGUCGCUGGUCACGCUGGCUGUUUACAUGUCUGCUUCAGAGAUUCAGUCACUCCAGUCUCUUAUCGCCAAGAAGAAGCGCCUGGUGGUUCUGUUCAGCCACUGGCUGCUCCACGGUUACGGCAUCAUCUCCAUCUGCCUGCUGGAUAAGCUGGAGCUGUCCCUGCCGCUGCUCGCUCUGGUGCCGGGACCCACGUUGUUCUACAUCGCUACGGCCAAGUUCACCGAGCCCAGCCGCAUCCUGUCCGAGGGCGGCAGCAGGCACUGAGCGCCGCCGUCGGCACGGGUGACCGGCGUCCGUCCGCGCUGCUAGUGUAAACGCUGCUCACAUGAAUCUGUAAAUACAGACUUCUGUUUGACGACAUAAACUGUUGCCAUUUGUUCUGAGAUACAUUCACUGCAAAAAGGG